GUUAUUGCAGAGAGAGAGAGGAAGAGAGAGAGAUUGCGGAGUGAGCGCAUCCGCUCGAGUCGCAGACAAGCGGUUGAAAGCGCUCAUCGCCGCUUUCCUCAUUUGGUUCACGCCGCAACGCCGAGAACUAACGCAGUGGCCGGUGAGGAGAAAAGGCGAAGAAAGAGACUGGUAGGACUCAAGGUGUUCGGGCGUCGUUAAAGGUGCGACGGAUGGAUUCCGGCGACGACCAGGAUGUUCCCGACCCACGCGGGAGGAAGAAGCGCUACCACCGGCACACUCCGAGGCAGAUUCAAGCACUCGAAUCGAUGUUCAAGGCGUGUCCUCACCCGGACGAGAAGCAGAGGAUGCAGUUGAGUCGUGACUUGGGGCUUGAACCGCGGCAGAUCAAGUUCUGGUUCCAGAACCGGCGAACGCAGACGAAGGCACAGCAAGAUAGGUCCGACAACUGCGUGCUGCGCUCCGAGAACGACAAGAUCCGGUGCGAGAACAUCGCCAUGCGAGAGGCCCUCAAGAACGUCAUCUGUCCUUCUUGUGGCAGCUCCUCCUGUACUGACGACUCCUACUUCGACGAAUCGAAGCUUCGGAUGGAGAAUACGAGGUUGAAGGAGCAGCUUGAUAGGGUCUCUAGUAUUGCAUCAAGGUACCUCGGAAGGCCUAUGACCCAACUCCCCCCAGUUCUUCCAGUAUCGAUCUCAUCGUUGGACUUAUCGGUUGGGGGUUAUAAUAAUCCAGGGAUAAGCACUUCCCUUGAUCUCAAUCUUCUAUUACAGAACUCCUCCUCCUCUUCUUCUUCUUCCUCUCUUCCAUAUGCAAGCAUAUCCGAACUCGACAAGCCUAUUAUGGUGGAGAUGGCCAGUAAUGCAAUGGAGGAAGUUAUCAGGCUCGUGCAGACUGAUGAACCCCUGUGGAUGAAGUCAGUAAGUGACGGAAGGGACAUACUUCAACUCGAAACGUAUGACAGAAUGUUCAAACGAUCAGGCCAUCGACUCAAGUUCCCCGACGUUCGAAUUGAGGCGUCGAGGGAUUCAGCGGUGGUCGCUAUGAAUGCUACGACACUGAUCGAUAUGCUCAUGGAUUCAAGCAAGUGGUGUGACCUAUUUCCGACGAUUGUUUCUAAAGCAAGGACCAUCGAAGUCCUAGGAUCGGGAACGGUCGGCAGCGCAAGCGGAUCCUUGGCACUGAUGUAUGAGGAACUACAGGUUCUUUCACCGGUCGUUCCUACGCGUGAAUUAUGCUUUUUAAGGUGUUGCCAGCCAAUUCAACAAGGUGUGUGGGUGGUAGCUGAUAUUUCUGUGGAUUUUCCUCGAGCUAUUCAGUUCGCGCCGGCUUCUCAAUCAAAGAAGCUUCCUUCUGGUUGUUUAGUUGAGGAAAUGGCUGACGGCUACGCUAAGGUAACUUGGGUCGAACAUGUGCAGAUUGAAGAAAACAAUCUAAUCCCUGCUCUGUUCAAGGAUCUCAUGGACAGUGGAUUGGCAUUUGGAGCACAACGCUGGCUCGCCACUCUCCAGAGAAUGUGCGAGAGAUUUUCUUGUCCAGCCAAGGAGCUCGGAGUUUCUGUCUCGCACGACGGCAAGAGGAGCAUGAUGAAGCUCGCGCAGCGAAUGGUGAACAAUUUCUGCGCCAACAUCGGCGCAUCGAACGACCACAAGUGGAUCACCCUCUCAGGGUUGAACGACGUCGGAGUCAGGGUUACACUUCACAAAAGCACAGACGCCGGACAGCCGAGCGGCGUCCUGCUAAGCGCAGCGACCACCAUUUGGCUCCCCAUAUCGCCGGAGAGCGUCUUCGCUUUCUUCAAAGAUGAACGGACUCGAACUCAGUGGGACGUUUUAUCGAACGGCAACAGUGUGCAAGAGGUGACUCACAUCUCGAACGGUUCUCAUCCAGGGAACUGCAUUUCGCUUCUUCGCGGAGUCAAUUCAGGGCAGAACACCAUGCUGAUACUCCAAGAAUGCUGCACUGACGCAUCAGGUUCGGUCGUGGUCUAUUCUCCGAUCGACAUUCCGGCCAUCAACGUGGUCAUGAGCGGCGAGAAUCCAUCCUUCAUCCCUCUCCUGCCCUCAGGCUUCACCAUACUGCCGGACGGGCGGGCACCGGGAGCCUCGUCCAGCUCAAACCCACUGGCGGGCUCGUCGGGAUCACUGGUGACCAUCGCGUUUCAAAUACUCAUGAGCAGUUUGCCGUCGGCGAAGCUCAACUUGGAGUCGGUGACGACGGUUAAUAGCUUGAUCGGAACCACGGUUCAGCAAAUAAAGACGGCCUUGAACUGUCCUGAUAUCUGAGGCAGGGAGUGAAGAGAAUUGAAAGCCCACAUUUCACUCCUCACCAGCUUCCUCAACUGCUUCAGAUCUGAGGCAUUCAAGGUGGGAAUUAAGGGGGGUGUGUGCUUUUGUUGGUUGGCCUUGAAUGCUUCCAUUGUUGGCUUCAAUUCAGACUUUAAGAUGCUGCUGCUGCUGCUGCUUCCUGCCUGCCGCCAUUGCCAGCCUCAGGACGACACAAAUUUUUCUUACUGGAAUCUUUCAGGCUUCACAGUUACAGGAACUUAAUGAAGUCAAGAACGCACCAUACCUGCUUUCUUCCUCCGCCAUUACUGCUCUUCCUCUAGCUUUCCUUUCCUCCCUCACCCAAAUCGCGGAAAUGGUUCGGGCAUUGACUUCUGUGUUCCUUAGCUUUCACCAAUUAGGAUUUGCUUUAGACAAUAGGCGGUUUUUUUUUAUUGUUUCUAGGAUGAAGAACGCAUUAAGUUUUCAACUCUGCAUUAGAUGAUUCUAAUUCUCUCUUAA